AUGGGCAUCAAGCUUUGUUUCAGGGUGGCCGGGUGGAUCCAGGAAGGACUACAGUCAAAUGAUCCCGAAGCUUGUCGGGAACUGUUCCGCCAGGCAGAUAGUCUGCGAGACAAGCUGGAUCGUCCCCAAGUGUUUGGAGAAGCUUUGACCAAGUUUGAUGAUUUCUUCUUGGACGAAAGCAAGCCACCCUUUGCUGUGACACACGAUGAUCACAAUGGCAACAUUGUGUUCAUUAAGUUGUCGUGCUCCAGUAAAAGAUGGCACCAGAUGGUGCCCUUGGACACGCCUGACAACUUGUUAGAGGGUCUUCACCUGAACAUCAAAUGGAACAACGGAUUGAGGGUGCCGAAGGCAUGA